AUGAUAGUGACGGUGAAUAGUGAACACAAUGAAGUUGAACUCGUCUUUCUCUUCAGUCUCCUCUUUUUAAAUACUGAAGAAAGUGUAUUAGUGCUAGAUACUGAAGAAAGUGUAUUAGUGCUAGAUACUGAAGAAAGUGUAUUAGUGCUAGAUACUGAAGAAAGUGUAUUAGUGCUAGAUACUGAAGAAAGUGUAUUAGUGCUACCUACUGAAGAAAGUGUAUUAGUGCUAGAUACUGAAGAAAGUGUAUUAGUGCUACCUACUGAAGAAAGUGUAUUAGUGCUAGAUACUGAAGAAAGUGUAUUAGUGCUACCUACUGAAGAAAGUGUAUUAGUGCUAGAUACUGAAGAAAGUGUAUUAGUGCUACCUACUGAAGAAAGUGUAUUAGUGCUAGAUACUGAAGAAAGUAUAUUAAUGCUAACUACUGAAGAAAGUGUAUUAGUGCUAGAUACUGAAGAAAGUGUAUUAGUGCUAGAUACUGAAGAAAGUGUAUUAGUGCUACCUACUGAAGAAAGUGUAUUAGUGCUAGAUACUGAAGAAAGUGUAUUAAUGCUACCUACUGAAGAAAGUAUAUUGAAGAAAAUGGUAGCUACUGAAGAAAGUAUAUUAAUGGUAGCUACUGAAGAAAGUAUAUUAAUGCUACCUACUGAAGAAAGUAUAUUAAUGGUAGCUACUGAAGAAAGUAUAUUAAUGCUACCUACUGAAGAAAGUAUAUUAAUGCUAGCUACUGAAGAAAGUAUAUUAAUGCUACCUACUGAAGAAAGUAUAUUAAUGCUACCUACUGAAGAAAGUAUAUUAAUGGUAGCUACUGAAGAAAGUAUAUUAAUGGUAGCUACUGAAGAAAGUAUAUUAAUGGUAGCUACUGAAGAAAAUGUAUUAAUGCUAACUACUGAAGAAAGUGUAUUCGAGUAG